AUGUCACUCUCUUACUCGCAGCAGGUAAUUUCAGGCCGGAACCCUCCGCACGGGGGCAACCGUGGGCAACCACAUCUACCGGGACCGGGAGGAUUGCUCCGGGCGCAGCAGAGUGCGGCACCGAGUACGAUGCAUAUACAGAAAAUUUUAGAUGAAAACGCAGGAUUGAUUCAGACGAUUCAGGAGUUCCAACAAGUAGGCAGAUCCGCCGAAAGCAUGUCGUACCAGGUGGCACUUCACCGAAAUCUCGUCUAUUUGGCGAACUUGGCCGAUCCAACGCAUAAUAUUUCAUCUUUGCUACCCCCUCCGCAUAUUCUUCAGUCGAUGAGUCCCGUUCCACCGAACGCUGGGGUCGCCGGUCCGCCAACGCACGACGGUUCGAUGAUCGGUCCUGGACCGGGUCAGACGGGCAUGUCGGGAUAUCCGCAGCCCGGUGUUGGGGUAAUGUCUGCCCAACCACAACAACCAUCGGUUGGACAGGCGCACGGCAGCAACGGAACGGGACCGGGAAUUCCCGUACAGCAUGCUUCGCUCGGACCGCCGCAACAGUCAACUCAGGCCGGAAUGCAGUCUCAGGGUCAGCAGCACAAUCAGCUUCAGCAGCAGUCCAGCAUUCAGGCGGCCCAGAAUGCUGCCGCGCAGCACAAUCAAUCGCAGGCUUCACAUUUAGCCCAAUCAGGACCACACCCCGGUCCAGGAGCCGGACAAACGAAUAACUACCGCAACGCAGUCCCAAUGUCCCCAGCCUCCGCCGGUGGGAACGUCGGUGGGCAACACCAAGCACAGCAGCCAAACGCGAACCAGCAACCGAGUGGUGGCGUACGUGGCGCUCCGCCUGGUUCUCAACAACAGCAACAGCAGCAACAGCAGCAACCCACUAGCCAGCCGCUUCCCCCUCAAACUAGUGGCUAUACUCAACGCUCUCAGCACAGCUCGUAUAAUGUGCAGCAUUCGCACUAUCCUGGUUAUCCACCGCCGAACCAACCAUAUCAGACGCAGAGCGGAUAUACGCCGUACGGACCGCCAAAUCAAUUGCAAAAUUAUGGACCACCGAACGCCAACUCUCCGCAAGGUUAUCACCACGCAGGAGUACUGCCCGCUUCGUCGAACGCGCAGGGUCCGUCGCAGGGAUCGCCGUAUCCGGCGUCUGGGCAACAUCCGGGACAAGUUCCGACGGGCGGACCGCAGCAAGGUGGCUAUCACCAGGUUCCGCAGGGUGGGCCGAAUGUUGGUUACGGACCGCCCAGUCAACCGCCAGUUCAGUAUCCUCCACAGGGUGGCCCUGGGGCGCCUCCGCCUCCGCACGGUUACCCGGGGUAUCCAAAUCCUGGUCCGAACGCAUACGGUCAGCCACCAACCCAGGGCCCAUUGCCGCCGCAAAGUCAAUCCGGCAGCUAUCCCACUGUUAGCCAAUCGACAGGCUACCCUUUACCACAAUCACAGUACUCUUCUGGAUACCCGACGACACAGGCACCGCACGGGGGACCGCAAAAUGCUGCUAGCAUCUCCACCAACGCUUCCGUCACACUGAAUCAACCGUCAGCAGCGAGCGCCGGCUCCGUGGCGCAAGGACCGGGUAGUUACAAUGCCCAGCAGCAACAGCAGGGAAAUUCGCAAGUACAAACUUCUGUGGCUGGAGGAACUCCGUCACCCGUCACAAUGCCGUCAACGACAUCGUCGGGCUAUUUGCCUCCACCGCCCUCUCACAAUGCUGGAGGCGCUGGGGCAUCCUCUGGUCCACCCCAGUCCUAUAACACGCAACCGGGAUCCCAGCAGCACGGACAGCCCGGCGGUGGGUAUCAACAGCAGCAAACAGGCGGUACACAGGGCGGCGGUCCUCAGCAGCCUCCACCGGGUCCACCUGGGCCCGGUGUUUACCCGCAGCACUCGCCCUACCAUCAGCAAUCGGGCUAUUCACCGCUGCCCCCGCAGGGCCAGUACCCACCACCGCAAGCGGCACCACAAGGUUACUCACAGUAUUCCCAGCGCCUACCUAGUACCCAGAUGCCACCGCCUGGCCCGCAAGUACCACCCCCGCAAAGCUCCUAUGGUUACGUUUACGGCCAACCGCCGCAGUAAAAACUACACACGCUCUCUCGCUCUUUUGAAUUUUUCGGAAGCUACUAACUUACUCUUUUUGAAUUAUCGCUAAGCGUGGGCAGCACACUUAAUCUUUUCAAUUUAUCGCUAACUCGGCAUAGCACCAGACGGCAGCAAUGAAUGCACCAUCAAACCAAAGCUACAGCGUAUAAAAUUCCCGCGGGUGCUGCUAGCAUGGUCAUGAUUUCUUCCGAUCGGGACAAAACAAUGUCCCUUUGCGAUUUUGCGUUUGCUUUUGCCGCGGUUUAAUUUGUUGUUUUGUUCACGAUUAGCGGUUUUUUUUUCUUACGAAUUCUAAUCUGAGGUUUCAACAUUAUUAAUCGAUUUGUAUUUCAUUAAACGAAAAGUGCGCGUCCUGAUAAAUACGGUCCGGUCCGUUCUUCUAAGAUUGAAAAAAAGGUGCGCGUCUUGGAUCAUUUUACGUUUUCAAACCAUGGCAAUGUUAUAAACCAGAUCUCCUGUGUAAACAGAAAGAUCGAUAAUAUUUCAUAAUAUAAUACUGGCACGUACUAGCGCACACCAUAACAGGCGCCCACUUCGGUAGGGUGGUCGAUGCAUGAAACAGAGCAACCUUCCUAAUGGAAAUAAUGCCGCCCGACGUCAUUCAGGGUGCGCGCGUGUGCAGUACACGGAAUUAGAUUGUUUCGCUAUAAUAGCAGUACCCGUAUCCUUUAUGACCGAUUGCCGGUUUGCACCUAACAUUGUCUUCGUUCGUAAGCCGUGCCAGAUUUUAUUUGAAAUCAUAUCCCAUCCCGAUUGCA